AUAAAAGCCCUUUCCUGUUUCCCUCAUCCUCUCAGUCACACACAACACAACAAUUCAAAAACCCUAAAAACCAGAUCAACUUCAUCUCGCCGUUUCUAUCGGAAAAAAAAAUGAGUGAACCAGUCCCAUUGCCUGUCAGCCGGAGUCCAUAUCAUAUCUAUCAUCGCUCACUGAGCGAGGGAUGUCAAAAGAUAAUUGUGUAUCCACAGGGCUCUAAUUUACGUGACGUCAGGGUCUUCGUGAAUUGGAACACAGGAACCGUUACUGUGAAUGGUAACAUUGAUUCGGCGAUUCCGCACUUCCCUAUGGAAAUAUCUCUUCCGGGAGGCUUUUAUGACCAAAGUGCCCUCGGAUUCAGGGUUUUUGGCAGUGAACAAAUAGUCAUUAACUUUCCCUUUGUCGGAGACGGUUCGUGGGUGCCUCUUCGGCGAUUGGAUCAAUCUUCUCAGGAGGAGCAAUCUUCUCAGGAUCAAUAUUCUCAGGCGCAAUCUUAGUUAGUAGAGAAUACCGCUGCUGUUUUGGAGCAGAAACAAAAAGAAACAACUAAUCUAUAUAUUUUUGUCCUUUUCUUUUUAGGUAAAAAAAAAAAUAUUAACAACACUAAUGUAAUGUAGUGUAGUGGUGCUUUGACGACCCAUUGAGGUUUUUUUAAAAUGUCUGCUUGUGUCAUGAAUUAAGAAUGCUGAAUGAAUGAAUCUUGAUUAUCAGAAGAAGAAUGCUAUUCCAUUCAUUUUGUUCUCCCAUGCGAUUAUGGUUGGACCAAAAAAGGUCUCUAAUUUGAUUUUGUUCAAUCAAAUUUAUUAAGAGGUGUACGUGAUUUUA